AUGGGAAAGCGCAAUUUCUACAUCAUCCUCAGUUUGGGUGUAUUUUUGACCGUAUCACUCUACUUGUAUAAUGGAAUCGAGACCGGAGCAGAAGCGAUAGCCAAAAGACAGCAAUAUGUAGAUGAAUUACGUCGCAAAAUCGGGAGCCUUGAACAAGUUGCCGAGCAAAAUGGAAAGACGAUAGACCGAUUAGAGCAACAAGUGAGACAAGUGAAGGUAGAAAAAUCAGUCGAUUUUGAUGAGGAUAAAGACAAAACAGAAGAAAAAGAACAAGAGCAAGAGGUUGCACCAGUUCCUGUUAGAGGAAAUCGUGGAAAUGAAGGAAUGGCUCAUAUUCAUCAAGUUCAAAAACAUCAUAAACCGACUCCACCAAUGACUGAUAUCUGUAAUAUACGUGAAAACAUUAGUGUCGCGCAUUCCGAUCUUCAGAUGCUGGAUCUCUAUGACACCUGGAAGUUUGAAAACCUCGAUGGUGGUGUGUGGAAACAAGGAUGGAAAAUUGAAUAUGAUGCAGUAAAAGUGAAAGCUUUGCCCCGUCUUGAAGUAAUCGUUAUUCCUCACUCUCAUUGUGAUCCUGGAUGGAUUAUGACUUUCGAUGAGUAUUACAGUCGACAAACACGUAAUAUUCUCAACGGAAUGGCGAAACAUCUUGGAGAAAAAGACGAAAUGCGUUUCAUUUACGCAGAAAUUUCAUUCUUUGAGACAUGGUGGAGAGAACAAAGCGAAGAAACAAGGAAAAAAGUGAAAGGAUAUCUGGAAGCUGGAAAAUUGGAAAUUGUAACUGGUGGAUGGGUAAUGACAGACGAAGCGAAUGCUCAUUAUCACUCAAUGGUCACUGAAUUGUUCGAAGGACAUGAAUGGAUUCAGAAUCAUCUCGGAAAAAACGCGAUUCCGAAAUCUCACUGGUCAAUUGAUCCUUUCGGAUUGUCCCCUUCUCUGCCUCAUCUUCUAACUUCUGCUAACAUCACUAAUGCUGUAUUGCAACGAGUUCACUACUCAGUCAAACGUGAGUUAGCGUUGAAAAAGAACCUCGAAUUCUAUUGGAGACAACUAUUUGGUUCAACUGGACAUCCGGAUCUUCGUUCUCACAUUAUGCCAUUCUAUUCAUAUGAUAUUCCACAUACUUGUGGACCGGAACCAUCAGUAUGUUGUCAAUUUGAUUUCCGCAGAAUGCCAGAUGGAGGAAAAUCUUGUGAUUGGGGAAUCCCACCACAAAGAAUCACCGAUGAAAAUGUUGCUGAAAGAGCUCAAAUGAUUUAUGACCAAUACAGAAAGAAGAGUCAACUAUUCAAGAAUAGUGUGAUUUUCCAACCACUGGGAGACGAUUUCAGAUAUGACAUCGAUUUUGAAUGGAACUCACAAUAUGAAAACUAUAAGAAGUUAUUCGAGUACAUGAAUUCGAAAUCAGAAUGGAAUGUUCAUGCACAAUUUGGAACUCUUUCUGAUUACUUCAAAAAGUUGGAUACUGCUAUUUCUGAGUCUGGCGAGAAGUUGCCAACACUUUCUGGAGAUUUCUUCACGUAUGCAGACAGAGAUGAUCAUUAUUGGAGUGGAUACUUCACGUCCCGUCCAUUCUACAAGCAACUCGAUCGUGUUCUUCAGCAUUAUCUCCGUUCUGCAGAAAUCGCUUUCAGUCUUGCAAAUAUUGAAGAGGAAGGAAUGAUGGAAUCAAAGGUUUUCGGGAAACUUGUAACCGCCCGUCGUGCUCUUUCACUAUUCCAACAUCAUGAUGGUGUAACUGGAACUGCGAAAGAUCAUGUUGUUCUGGAUUAUGGUCAGAAAAUGAUUGAUGCCUUGAAUGCUUGCGAAGACGUUCUUUCUGAAUCUCUUGUCGUUUUGCUUGGAAUAGACUCUACUAAAAAGAUGGAAAUGGACGAGAAGAGAGUUAAUGAAAAUCUGUUGCCUGAAAAACGGGCUUACAAAGUUGGACAAAAUGUUGUUCUCUUUAACACUUUGUCUCGCAACAGAAAUGAACCUGUCUGUAUUCGAGUGGACUCUGUAGAUGCUGGUAUUGAAGCGGAACCACCGGUUACCAAACAACAAAUUUCGCCAGUUAUUGAAUAUAACGAAGAGUCGAAAAAACUCGUAGUUAAAGAUGGAGUAUUUGAGUUAUGCUUCUUGGCUUCUCUCGGGCCGAUGGAAUCUGUCAGUUUGAAACUUGUCAAGAGUACAACUACAUCCAAAUCUGAAAUUCGAACCAAUAGUAAAAUUCAAGUAGACAGCAGUUUCAAGUCAUCAUCUGUGGGAAACGGUGAUUUCAUCGUUCAGAAUGAUAAAGUGAAAGCUGAAUUUGAUGGAGAGAAUGGAAUGAUCAAGAAAGCGACAAGUCUUGUAGAUGAUAAACCGAUUGAUUUGAAUUCUCAUUUCGUUCACUACGGAGCAAGAAAAGCAAGAAGGAAGUUUGCGAAUGGAAACGAAGACAAUCCGGCGGGCGCUUACCUGUUCCUUCCCGAUGGUGAAGCGAGAGAACUCAAAAAAGAAGAAAAUGAAUGGAUUGUGAUUGAAGGAGAUCUUGUACGAAGAGUGUUUGCUACUCCAAUGAAUGAUUUGAAGAUUCUUCAAACAUAUACUCUUUAUCAAGGUCUUCCAUGGAUCGACUUGGAUAAUGAAGUGGAUGUUCGAUCGAAAGAAAACUUCGAAUUAGCUUUGAGAUUCAGUACAUCCAUUAGCAGUAAUGACGAAUUCUUCACUGAUCUCAAUGGUCUUCAAAUGAUAAAGAGACGCCGACAAACUAAACUUCCAACGCAAGCGAAUUUCUAUCCAAUGUCCGCUGGAGUUUACAUUGAGGACGAUGCUUCCAGAAUGACGAUCCACUCGGCCCAAGCUCUUGGAGUCAGCAGUUUAGCUUCUGGUCAAAUCGAAAUUAUGCUCGAUCGACGGCUCAGUUCUGAUGAUAAUCGAGGUCUUCAACAAGGAGUUAGAGAUAACAAAAGAACGGUUGCACACUUCCGUAUUGUGAUUGAGCCGAUGUCUCCAACUUCGUCGAACAAAAAAGAUGAAAGAGUUGGAUUCCAUUCACAUGUUGGCCAUCUUGCUACGUGGUCACUCCAUUAUCCGGUUGUUAAAAUGAUGGGAGAAACAACACCAAAAUCGAUUGCGUCUAAAAAUCUGGAACAAGAGUUGAAUUGUGAUUUACACGUAGUAACAUUCCGAACACUCGCUUCACCGACAACUUACGAAGCAAAUGAAAGAUCUACUGCAGCUGAAAAGAAGGCUGCAAUGGUGAUGCACAGAGUUGUUCCAGAUUGUAGAUCACGUCUCUCUCUUCCUGAUACGUCAUGCUUAACAUCUGGAAUCGAAAUUGAACCGCUGAAACUGAUCUCAUCACUAAAGUCUGCGAGACAAACAUCAUUGACUAAUUUAUACGAAGGACAGAAAUCUGAACAAUUCAAAUUACAGCCAAAUGAUGUGUCUAGUAUUCUUGUAUCUUUUUAA